UAGGUUCUUAGCGUCAUAUACCAGAGAGAAGAUUUGACGUUCAAUUUAAGCAACACAAGAAACGGUCUUUCUGCAUCUUAUAUCGGACUCAUUUCCAUUUAAAAAAUUAACAAGAAAUUGUUUUUAUCUUGUGGAUUAUUAUUGGAUUUCCAUUUCUAUUUGGAUUUGACUGUUUCUCUCUGCUGUUUUCAUUCAACAGGGAAAAAACAGAGUUUCACCAUGAAGUUGACAGGAAUAUUUCUGCUGUUGAUGCUUUGGACCUGCGAGAGCGUACGAGUUGCAGAGAACCGAGACGACAAUAGCGUGUACGACCUGUUCGAGCUGGUCCAAGUCUCCAAGAAGAACCACGGAGUGACCCUAGUGAAGGGCGACGACCCAUACAGUCCCGCCUACAAGAUCCUCAACCCGGACCUGAUCCCCGAGCUCCCCGAGAGUUCCUUCAGGGACCUCAUCGAUUCCAUCCAUGCCGAGAGGGGCUUCCUCCUCCUGCUUAACUUCAAGCAGUUUAAGCGGACCAGGGGCUCCCUCUUGACCGUGGAGAAGCGGGACGGAUCCGGAGCCGUGUUCGAGAUAGUCUCGAAUGGAAAAGCGAACACCCUGGAUGUGGUUUUCUCUACAGUGAAUAAGCAACAGGUGGUCUCGAUAGAAGAUGUGGACUUGGCGACGGGCCACUGGAAGAAUAUUACGCUGUUCGUGCAGGAGGACCGCGCGCAGCUGUAUGUUGGCUGUGAGGAGGUGAACACGGCUGAAUUGGACGCUCCCAUCCAGAGCAUCCUCACUCAGGAGACUCCCGCCACAGCGCGCCUCAGGAUCGGGAAGGGAGCGGUGAAGGACCGGUUCAUGAACUCUGCCACCGUGUGCCGUAAGAUCUCCUGCCCCCUGAUCCCUUGUGCCAACGCAACCGUGCCCGAUGGAGAGUGCUGCCCRCGCUGUGGAACACCGAGCGACUAUGCGGAGGAUGGAUGGUCCCUGUGGUCUGAAUGGACCCACUGUUCCGUGUCUUGUGGGCGGGGCAUCCAGCAGAGAGGCCGCUCCUGCGACCGCAUCAACAACAACUGCGAGGGAACCUCCGUCCAAACCAGGGACUGCUACCUUCAGGAGUGUGACAAACGCUUCAAGCAGGACGGUGCCUGGAGCCACUGGUCCCCCUGGUCUUCCUGCUCGGUCACCUGUGGGGCGGGUGUCAUCACCCGUAUCCGCCUCUGCAACUCCCCCACACCCCAGCUGGGAGGCAAGGACUGCCAAGGAGAGGGGAGACAGACUGAGAAGUGCACCAAGUCACCCUGCCCAAUCAACGGUAACUGGGGACCCUGGUCGCUAUGGGAUACCUGCUCUGCCACCUGUGGGGGAGGAGCUCAGACACGUAAACGUCUCUGCAACGACCCCRCCCCCAAAUAUGGUGGUAAGGAGUGCCAGGGUGACUCCAAGGCUUCUCAGCAGUGCAACAAGAACGCCUGUCCCAUCGAUGGCUGUCUGUCCAACCCUUGCUUCCCUGGGACCAAGUGCACCAGCUUCCCUGAUGGAACAUGGAGGUGUGGAAAAUGUCCCUCUGCUUACUCUGGUGACGGCAUCAAGUGCAAGGACAUUGAUGAGUGCAAAGAGGUUCCUGACGCUUGCUUCGUAUUCAAUGGAGUACACCGCUGUGAGAACACUGACCCUGGCUACAACUGUCUGCCMUGUCCCACACGCUACUCUGGACCUCAGCCCUUCGGCAGGGGAGUGGAGGAAGCCACCGCCAAGAAACAGGUGUGUACACCACGUAACCCCUGCCUGGAUGGGAGCCACGACUGCAACAAGAACGCCCGCUGUAACUACCUGGGACACUUUGCCGACCUCAUGUACCGCUGUGAGUGUAAGCCUGGCUAUGCUGGRAAYGGACACAUCUGUGGUGAGGACACGGACCUGGACGGAUGGCCCAACCAAGACCUGGUCUGUGUGGAGAACGCCACCUACCACUGCAAAAAGGACAACUGCCCCAACCUUCCCAACUCAGGCCAAGAAGACUACGACAAGGAUGGUGUUGGUGACGCUUGUGACAACGAUGAUGACAAUGAUGGUAUUGCUGACGACAGGGAUAACUGUCCGUUCGUGUACAACCCCAGGCAAUAUGACUAUGACAGAGAUGAUGUUGGAGAUCUUUGUGAUAACUGUCCUUACAACAGCAACCCUGACCAGACCGACACAGACAACAACGGGGAAGGAGACGCCUGCUCUGUGGACAUUGACGGAGAUGGUAUUCUGAAUGAGAAAGACAACUGCCCGUACGUCUACAACGUGGACCAGAGAGACACCGACCUGGACGGUGUGGGAGACAUGUGUGACAACUGUCCUCUGGAACACAACCCUGACCAGGUUGACUCUGAUGACGACCGUGUGGGAGAUAAGUGUGACAGCAACCAGGACAUCGAUGAAGACGGCCACCAGAACAACCUGGACAACUGCCCCUACAUCCCCAACGCUAACCAGGCCGAUCACGACAAAGACGGAAAGGGAGACGCUUGCGACCACGAUGAUGACAAUGACGGGAUCCCAGACGAGAAAGAUAACUGCAGACUGGCCUUCAACCCUGACCAGAUCGACUCCGAUGGUGAUGGUCGAGGAGACGCUUGCAAAGACGACUUUGACCAAGACAAUGUGCCUGACAUCUACGACGUGUGUCCGGAGAACUUUGACAUCAGCGAGACCGACUUCAGAAAGUUCCAGAUGGUUCCCCUGGACCCCAAGGGAACGUCCCAGAUCGACCCCAACUGGGUGGUCAGACAUCAGGGCAAAGAGCUGGUCCAGACCGUCAACUGUGACCCUGGCAUUGCUGUUGGUUUUGAUGAGUUCAACUCUGUGGACUUCAGUGGUACCUUCUUCAUCAACACAGAGAGAGAUGAUGACUACGCCGGCUUUGUGUUCGGCUACCAGUCCAGCUCCAGGUUCUACGUGGUGAUGUGGAAACAGAUCACACAGACCUACUGGAACAACAAACCCACCAAGGCUCAGGGAUACUCAGGACUGUCCAUCAAGGUGGUCAACUCCACUACUGGACCUGGAGAGCACCUCAGGAACGCUCUCUGGCACACUGGCAACACCACAGGACAGGUGAAGACUCUUUGGCACGACCCUAAGAACAUUGGCUGGAAAGACUUCACAGCCUACAGAUGGCACCUGAUCCACAGACCAAGAACAGGACACAUCAGAGUGGUCAUGUACGAGGGGAAGAAGAUCAUGGCUGAUUCUGGGAGCAUAUACGACAAGACGUACGCAGGCGGAAGACUAGGCCUCUUUGUCUUCUCCCAAGAGAUGGUGUACUUCUCAGACCUCAAGUAUGAAUGCAGAGAUGCAUAAUUGCACGGAGCAAGAAGCUCUUGGAACAAUGCACCUUUCUGUAUAAAUAUGAACAAUAUGUAUUCAGAUGAAAAGUCCAGGGAUAGUUUUUUUUUCUGCUCCUCUUUCUUCUGCGGCACGCACACUGGUGGCACCGAGGGGUAGGGCCUGGUGUGGUCAGCCUCAGGGUAAAUUGACACUGGUUGGACAGAGAACCAUUUGCUUUGCCUGAACGGGAGACCGACCAAUGUUACCAACCAACGUUACCAACCAACGACACCGACCGGCCGAUCUCUCUCUGAUCUUAAAGACCUCAUUCAGCUCUGCGCAGGAGAGGCUCCCUAUAGUCGACUAUGCACUUCCAUACCUUUACAUCUCUCUCUCUCUCUCUCUCUCUUAAUAUCCAUCUCUCUUUUUCUGGAAUGGACGUCCCAAAGAAAGACCAUGUGAUGUUCUGUUUAUAAAAAAAACAGAUCUACCCGGAUGUAGAUUCUGGACGAUACGACUCUGAGGAAGUGGUUUUUUUGGGGCUCAGAGGAGGAAGAAAGCAAUAAGACUUUUUUCACAUUAAGUUUUGUAAGGAAAGGGCUUGUGGCCAUUGAAAGUCAGCUGCGUAACAACAAGAUAUGGAGGGACGGUAACUUUGUGUGGAUGUAUGUACGUUUAUGUGUUUAAAUAAGAAGAAAGUGCUUGCUUUUACCCUUCUAUAUGCGUACCCUUAGAGAAAAGUGUUUCAGAGACGAAAGGAAACAAACCGAAAUUAAAAUGAGCCAAAAUAUUUUGGGUCAAAUACAGGAUUGCUUGUAGGCUUUUAUGGCUGGCAUUAGAUUGAUACUGUGUUUCAGUUGAAAGUGAACACAGUAUAACUCAGGGUAAGAUGGGAGCGACCAUCUUAGCAUUGCAGAAAUGACAUGGGAGGGCC